AAUAUUUUUACCGUUUCUUGUUUCUUUCUUAGGAAGAGUGGGAAUUGCGCAUGUUGGAUUUGCCUCUGAUGACGAUUGAUAAGCACUCCGCUUACUAAGGCUAAGGCGUCAAAGGAUGAUGGGAUAUGCAGCAUAAAAAAUCACAUCCCCCCAUCAUUGUGCCUGGAGUUUUACCAUCCAACCUUGAUAAAUACCAGUGGAAACUUCAAGUACUUGCACAGAAAGAAAUGUCUUUAUAACACAUUCAUUGUUAUAAUAAUUGAAGUCCUUGAAAUAUCUGUAUAUGCGAGUGGAACAUGGAGUCAGCAGAUACAAGGUCUCUGUUAUCUAAUGAUAAUCACGAUGUUUCAAAUGUUAGUCGCAAAGAUUCUGUCCUGGGCGGGAACUCUUCCCCUGACUCAAGUAGAGUUACAGGGAUCCAAAAUUGUUUCGUUGUUGACCUGAAUAAGAACAAGUGGUGUAUCAGCAGGGAAGGACUAAAAGCAAGUUCUGAGAAGUCACCUCAAAGUUUAUCCUCUAAACUUAAUCAUAGCUCAUCAUUAGACUCUCCCUUUGUCAUUAAGCUGGAUGAUGUAAAAGGGAACACAACAGCUCAGGAUUUAGGGAUUUGUGAGAGCUAUGGCCAAGGUGAAAAGCGUACAGAGCAAAGUGAAAGUGAGCAUGACUUUGGUGUCUGUUCCCAAUCUGAAACAAACGGCAUUUCCACCACACCUAGUUUGCCUUGUGAAGAUUUGCAGAUUGAUUUGAUAUCUAGUGAGUCCAGUAGUUCUGUUUUAUCAGCAACUGAUGUGGAUAGCAUUAACGGUGCAAGAAUAAUUGAUACAGAGAAAAGCUCAGAUUUUCAACCCAUCAUUCUAGAUGUUCGAGGUUCAUGUUCUGAUAGCAUUUUUGACAUGCCAGAAGACUCUGACAACCCUUGGUUAAAUGAUACAAGUGUUCCGCCUAAGACUUCUAGUUACAUUGGUCAGGGAGCUGUUGAUACAGUGUCAAACAUUACAACAAAUACCCAGGAUGCAUCAAUCAAUGUAGAUCAGUCUUCAAUGACUCUUAAGUCACAGUCAGAAAAAGCAGAGCAAGAAAUUGCAUAUUCAGAUCGUAGUAGACUAAAAACUUUGUUAAAUUUAGCAGAAGCCAUUACUUUGUCCAGUGAAGGCUCAAGCACAUGCAAUUCUUUUGUGACAACUAAUUCAUCUUGUCAAACAGACAUCAUUCCUGUAAGCUAUGGCAAUCCUGUUGUAAGUAGUCCUCUUCCAAAAGUGUCCAGUAAUUUGAAUUCAUCAAAAGUAUGUGUCGUACCUGAACCUGAAAUCCCGAAACUAGAUAGACAGGCUACUCAUUCUAUACCAAAAGGAAAUAGUUCAAGUGUUCCGGCCAAGAAUAUUAUACGAUCCAGCCCUACUGAGAGUCAUGUGAUAAACAGUGAAUCUUCAUUCAGUCAUGAUAAACUGUCUGUUAAUAGUACAUUGGCUAUAACUAAAUUAAGCAAAAAUCAGUCUAGCAACUUGUCUGUUACAACUGAACUCACACCCGCAGAAAGGGUUCAGCGAUUUGUGGAUACAGCUCUUGCAAGAUUGACGAUUAAUAUCAAAUAUUUAAGAAAUAGUGAUGUAUUGAAAUUAAAAAAAUUACCUAUAGUCUCAGAGUUACAGAAUAGUUGCACAGAUUUCAGAUGCCUUGUUUGUAAAGAAUGUUUUCAGUUACAGGAUGGAUUAGAUAGCCAUUACAAGCGCACCUCCUUCUAUCUAAAGUAUGCCUGCCGUGUUUGUGGGAAAUCACUUUUGUUUUACAAUAAGUGUCAGUUACAUUUACACGUAAGAAACCACAAGCCAGAAACCAGUGUUCUUUACAAUGACGUUGUCUCACUGAUACCUUAUGACCCUGAAACAAGUCCUGUCGGUGCCGCCUCAGGAAGUGGCUCGACAAAAAAUGCCAGGGUUUUUGUAACAGCAAGUCCUAGCAAAAGGAAGAAUUGUGAGCAGUUAGAUCAAAAUAAAAAAAAAGUUUGUGAUAAACAGUACACAAAAAAAUGCUUUCAUUGCAAUAUGUUUUUGCAUAGCGCUACUGCUUUUGAAACUCACUGCAGGCUCCACGAAGCUGAGCCUUCCAACUAUGCCUGCCCUGAGUGUGGAGAAACCAAUUUUAAUUUUAAGGAAAGUAGCAGCCUUGAAAGUAAAAGACAAAUUGUGUUUGAUCAUGUGGACAAGUGUCAGCAUUUCAACAGAGUGGAUGAGAUUCGAUGUGAGUGUCAAGAAACGAGUACUGACAACCAACAGAUGGUGCAGCAUUACUUGGAUAAGCACUUGAGUACUUUAUACAAGUGUCAGUUGUGCAAUCUAAGAUUCAGCACACUUGCGAAAGCUGUGGUGCACCACACCAAAGUGCAUUAUUAUAUAUCUGCACGAAUCAUGUCAAUUCUGGUUUGCUCAUUGUGUGAUGUAUUUUUAAACAACUCGAAUAUCCUGAAAAUUCAUGCUGAAAAUCAUGUAAGACAAAUGCAUUUCAAAGCUGCAGAGUCAAAGUGGCAGUGUUUCCUCUGCCCUACAGUAUUUGCUGACAAAGAAGAGCUAGAUAAACAUUGCAACAGUCAACAUACACACAAAGCAAAGCGUUGCACAAUCUGUUUUGCUUUGUUCUCCAAUAGGAAAAAUUUGGUUGACCAUAUAUUGCUGAAGAAGUGUGCUUUCUCACCUAGUACUUGCUUUGAACAGUGUGUAGAUGUAGAAAGACCAGUAGCCCGCGUUGACUACAAUCGGCAUUUUAAGUUUUUUACCUUACCUGGCAGCUCAACCUCUUCUGCAGCAUAUGUAAGGAUCGCCCCUAAAGAUGGGCCUAGUCUUUCUUCUUCUAAUGCAGUCAGUAUUUUAAAUAGUGUCAAAGACACAAGAGGUUCAGCAAAUUCUUUGAGUGUUUCUAAGCAACAGAAUGUCAACAGAAGUAGUCAAGACAAUGAGGCUUCUCAUUCUAAUCCGCAGCAAUCUCUGCUGAAUGUCCACAUGGCACCAAAAAGUACAAGAGCUUCUGGCUCUGCAGACCAUCCAGUGAUUGUCAACAAGAAACUAACUUUUCAAAAGUCAGGAGCGAUAAUUAUUAGCCAGGCUGCAGACAGUUCAAAGCCCCACUCCAAGGAUGAAUCAAAUUUAAAUUUAUAUGAAUGUGAGCAAUGUAAAGCAUACAUAAUUGGUAAAAGCACUUAUGAAAAACAUCUGCAAAACCACAUUCCUAGCCAGUUGAAAAAGUAUUCUCAGAAUACUAGUACGCCACCAUCUUCUCUUAGCCAACCUAAUAAAUCUCAAGAUCUUUUUCUUCAAUGCCACCAAUGUAGAAUAGUUUUUAUAGGUCAAAAUAGGUAUGACGACCACAUCAAGAAUCACAUCAAGAAAGGUGACCUACUGGCAUCCCUAAAUGAAACUAAGUGUGUUAUCUGCAAGAGUCAGGUUCUGAACUCUAUGCUUUUGUCACAUUUAAAGAGCCAUCAAACCGAAGGGACUAUAGUCUGUGCACGUUGCCAGCGCACAGAUUUUGAAACUAUGGAAAUGGCAGUUAAUCAUGCUAACCAUUUCUGCGGCUACACUAUAAUGACUGGGAUUGGGGUCAGUGUCCAGAAGAGUGGUGCUAAAAGACGCGCACAGACCACUGAAAAGCAGAGCAAUGAUGCUGAGAAAGACAAAGCAAUAAACUUUAAAAAAGUAAAUAAGAACAACGAAGCCUCAUUAUUUCCAUGUCUGCUGUGUGGUUUGGCUUUUUUAAACUUGGAAGCAAGAGAUGAACACAUCAGCCGCUUGCAUGAUGGCAUCAGGGUCAUCUACCGAUGCCUUAAGUGUCAAAAGAAAGAUGUGAAUAAGACAUUUUCUAAAAAAGAAUCAGUCGUGCGUCACCUGGUUAAAAAACACCGGGUGGUUAAAAAGGCCUCGGUAGAUAAGUUUAUUAAAGUAGAGGAAAGAAAUGCUAGCAGUGGGCAAACGAUCCCUGAAUUCCAGAGCUCUGUUUCUUCGCCAUCCCUUCCUCCCAAAAGAUUGCGUCUUGCAGAUAAUGGUGAUUACAUGUGUGGUAAGUGUGGAUUUUCUUGCUCAUCAUCUGCAGAGUUUUCCCAGCACAUUCAGACCCACAAUGCAGACAAGCAGCCGCAAUGUCCAGAGUGUGGCCUGUGUUUCGUUGUUGUGUCUGCUCUUAAAAAACAUUUGUUUGCAGUUCAUAAAAUAAAAAAUGUGGACAACUACCUGAAAAGUAAAGAAAUUAGUGUGGAACAAUUAGACGAAGAGGAACCUAUCAUAGAAGUUUUUCCACUGCCUUUGCCUCCAAAGGUAGAGUGCCCUUCCCCCGUCACUGUAAAAAAAGCUGUAAAUCCACUGGAGUGCACGGUCUGCUACAAGGUGUUUGACAAUGAACCCAAUUUAAAGACUCAUAUGAGAAACCAUGGAAUGGCUUUCAUUAGGUCAAAGAGACUUAAAAUAGAUUAAGACCAGAAAAUCUAUAGGGUGAGAUUAAAAAAAAUAAUUUUUCAGAAUCAAAUUUCUGUUAUUUCUACAGGAGUAGUUUCUUGGUCAACAUAUCUGUUAGUAAAACAGAUGCCACAUUGUCAUUAUAAUAAUCACAUUUCAUCCAUGAUGGAUGUUGAUGUUUUAUCUUUGCUUUAACAAGCACACAUUGGUUCUGUAGCACUAUUAUCUGCUAUUACUACACAUUUUUUGGCUUACAAACUUAUUGUUUUGGUUGCUAUCCUUUUUUUCUCGUAACUUGGAGCACUAACACAAAGGCUCCAUGCCACAAGAAGGGAUCAUGGGUGUUGAUUCUGCAUUGCUUGAGGAAAGUAUCUGUCUGUUGUGUUGACAUCUUGAGAAUGCUUCCCAAGACACAGCUCCUCAUAGAAAAGACAGCAUGUCCAGCCUAUCCUAGAUGGGACCUUUUUACUAUACAUACAGAUACUGUUCAUGUGUGGCAUGUUUAGGAUUCUAAAGUCAUGAUUAUGAUCAAAUCAAUUCUUCACUUGGUGUACAUGCCUCUAAAGACAUUGAAGUCAUUCGAUGUAACAGGAAUACAAGAUCCUGCCACAUUAAACUGACUACAACAUAUGUAGAUCCUCAACUAAGUUGAUAAGCUUGACCAUACUUGUUCUUGAAGUCUGCCAAAGGCAGCUCUAGCACAUUGCAAAAGAAGUCUAACUCAACAUCUAGUAUGAAAAUUGCAUUUACUCAUUAGCUUGCUCAUUCAGUGUUUCCUUGAAAACAUAUUAUGAUCAGAAAUAAGAUAAAGAAAAUAAUAUUCUCAGUAUUAAAGCACUAGAGAAUUCCACAAAAUUUUUAAUUAAUGUACAUUAGGAUCGUCAAGCUGACAUCACAAUGGUCCUGAGUUGUAACCCUGCCUACUGUCCUGCAGAAUGUCUGGGAUAUGAUCUUAUAUAAUAUUUUAUUGAUGAAUGCAUGAGUAAAGCUUACAUGUUAAGUCAAUGAAAAAUUACUAGACUAGUUGAAAAUAAUAACUUGUAAGAGCUGUUUUUUCUCUAAACAGUGAUAGACUGUUUCUCUAAACAGUGAUUUAUUAUAGACUGUUUCUCUAAACAGUCAUAGACUGUUUCUCUAAACAGUGAUAUAUUAUAGACAGUUUCUCUAAACAGUCAUAGACUGUUUCUCUAAACAGGGAUAGACUUUCUCUAAACAGUGAUAGACAGUUUCUCUAAACAGUGAUAGACUGUUUAUCUAAACAGUGAUAUACUGUUUCUCUCCACUCUUAUCUUUUCACAUUAUUUGAUUUGAUUUGCAUGAUUUAAAUAGUCUGUUGUAUGUUUGAAAUAUAUGUGCUUACACCCAAGUCAACAAAACAUGGACACUAACAAAGUCUGUGUGAUAGUUGUGAAUUGUGGAUGUUGCUUGAGGAAAAUGUUCAGAUCUCUGCCUUAGUGGUAAAUUAUUUGCUGUUCAAAACAACACAAGUUCAGAUUUCAACUAGUAUCCAAAGUCAAAGUUCUAGAAAGUUGCAUCUUUUGUUUACGUUUGCAGGUUUGCAUCAGUACUUAUGAUUGUAUACAUGUUCAGUGAUUCAAACUAAUGCUUAGGGAUACAAUUUCGAGCUUUUAUUUCACUCUCUAGAUUUGCUUCAUGUUUAGAACUAAUUUUUGUUUUGACUGUAUGAAACUGUAACUUACCACCUCACAACAUACCAAUGAAAAUCUUGUGCUAAAUGUACAUACUUAUUUGAUUUAAAUAGAACAAUAUUCUGAAUACUUGUUGAUUUAUGUUUACAAUUAAUUCAUGUUAAAUUUUUUAUGAAAUAAAAAAAUGUUGAAAA